CUUCAACAAAAAAAAAACUCGCUCUCCUCAGCUUUGGGUUUUGGUUUACUCCCCACACUAGCCUUCCAUUGAACAGAAUCAUCAUUUUUCUCUGAAAAUACACAUCGACACACAAAAUGGUUUCGUUGAAUCCCAUAAGAAUAUUGAAAAAUGACGCAGAAGAGGAGAAGGCUGAAGUUGCUCGUAUGUCCAGCUUUAUUGGAGCUAUUGCCAUUGGCGAUUUGGUGAAGAGCACUUUGGGUCCGAAAGGAAUGGACAAAAUUUUAGUAUCUUGUGGAAGAAAUGCUGGACAGGUUGAAGUUACAAAUGAUGGUGCCACUAUACUGAAAUCCAUUGGAGUUGACAACCCUGCUGCAAAAAUUUUGGUUGACAUGUCCAAGGUUCAAGAUGAUGAAGUUGGUGAUGGGACAACUUCUGUCACUGUAUUAGCUGCUGAACUAUUACGUGAGGCUGAGAAACUGAUAGAGCAGAAAUUACACCCUCAAACAAUCAUUGCUGGGUGGCGUUUGGCUGUAGAUGCUGCAAAGCAAGCUCUUGCAGAAGCUAGUUUUGACCAUGAAAAGAAUUUGAAUGAGACUGCAUUACGGUCAGAUCUUGAAAAUAUUGCAAGAACAACAUUGAGUUCCAAAAUUUUAUCAAACCACAAAGAGCAUUUCACAAAGUUGGCUGUUGAUGCAGUUUUACGUCUCAAGGGUUCUGGCAAUCUUAAGGCUAUCCAAAUUAUCAAAAUUUCUGGUGGAGUACUUGAAGAGUCAUUCUUGGAUGAAGGAUUUUUAUUAAAUAAGAAGGUUGGUGUACAUCAACCAAAACGCAUUGAAAAUGCCAAUAUUCUGAUUGCUAACACACCUAUGGACACAGACAAGAUUAAGGUAUUCGGCUCUACUAUCAAGGUAGAUUCCAUGGCUAAAAUUGCAGAGCUUGAAGUUGCUGAAAAGGAAAAAAUGAAGGAUAAAGUCAACAAAAUCUUGUCACAUAAAUGCAAUGUAUUUAUCAACAGGCAACUUAUCUACAACUAUCCAGAACAGCUAUUUGCCGAUGCCGGUGUGAUGGCCAUUGAACAUGCAGAUUUUGAUGGUAUUGAACGGCUAGCUCUUGUUACUGGAGGAGAGAUUGUUUCGACAUUCGAUUCCCCAGACAAGGUUAAACUUGGACACUGCAAGGUUAUCGAACAGGUGUUAAUCGGGGAUGAAUGCUUAAUUCGGUUUUCGGGCGUAGAACUGGGUUCCGCUUGCACCAUAGUGAUCAGAGGUGCCACACAGCAAGUCAUAGAUGAAGCAGAGCGUUCACUGCACGACGCUCUAUGUGUGCUCGCUGCUACUGUGAAAGAGCCAAAGAUUGUUUAUGGAGGAGGUGCUAGCGAGAUGUUGAUGGCGGAAGCGGUGUCGCGAGUGGCGGCCCGCACGCCGGGUAAAGAGGCGGCGGCGACGGAAGCGUUCGCCAUCGCCCUGCGCCGCCUCCCCUCCGCCGUGGCCGACAACGCGGGCUACGACAGCGCCGAGCUGAUCGCCAGGCUGCGGGCCAGUCACGCGCAGGGAGAGACCACCAUGGGACUGGAUAUGGAGAACGGCCGCGUCGGUGAUAUGAAAACUCUCGGUAUCACGGAGUCCUACGUGGUGAAAAGGCAAGUUCUGGUAUCUGCUGCAGAAGCUGCAGAAGUGAUUCUACGCGUAGAUAAUAUUCUGAAGGCAGCACCACGCCGUCGUGGCCCCGAUCGUCGUCCGUGCUAAUUCAAUAAACGUAUUUAAAGCAACUAUUUUUUACUAAAUGGACCUAGAUAGACUUGAUAGCCAGCCCAAGAUAUGCUGCAUAUGCGCUAGCAUUAGCACCGCGAUAUGAAAUAUAGCUCGUUUUAUCACGCUCCAUUGUCAAAUUACUAUCGAGUCUGACAGUUGGGCGCGAUAAAAAACGUAAUAUAAUGUAAAUAGUGGUGCUCAUGCUACGGGGACUAGUUUUGUUAUGAAGGUGUCCAUUUACCUGAAAAAAUUGCGCUGUAACAAAGUAUUUUAUUUAACAAUUUAUUAAUUAUAUGUCCAUGUAAUAUUACUUAUGUAGGGAGAAGUGGCGGGAUUAAAUUAUGGAUUUGUAGCCUUGAUUAAUUUUAGAUUUUAUUUUUAUUUUUUGAGGCUCGCAACACUUCUUGGUUUUCGUUGAUGGACUUCUCUUUAUAUAUGUAUGCUUUUAUUCUGCUUUACUGAACUACGUAGAAAUACUUAUGUCAACCUUUUCCAUAGUUGCUGUAAAGCGAUUUAUGUUUUGGUCACAAGUACCUAAGGUUCAACGCCUAUGAUUUGUUAGUUUUGCUAGCAAAAUCCAUAUAAACUGCUAAGUUAAUAAUAAUUUUCAAUUAUAGAUUAUAGUUUUCAGGCUUAAUGUGCCUUGAUAUUUUACCUUUAAUAAAAUUAAAUAUUAACAACAA